AUGAGCGCUGCGCGGUGUUACGCGGUCAUGCCAGGGCCUAAGCCCUUACCAAUAAUCGGAAACUCUUGGCGGUUCGCUUUAGGAGUAAAACCUUGGCGUACAACUGCUCUAGACGUGACUUUGUGGACUUUGAGAGCAUUAGCCGGUGAAAAUGGUGCAGCAAAAGUGGCAAAGUUGUUUGGGCAUCCAGACUUAGUGUUUCCAUUUUGUGCGGAAGAGACUGCGAGGAUAUACAGGAGGGAAGAUGCCAUGCCACACAGGGCUGUAGCGCCAUGUUUAAAGCAUUAUAAACAAGAGCUGCGGAAAGACUUCUUUGGAGAUGAGCCUGGUUUAAUUGGGGUUCACGGCGAGCCAUGGUCACGGUUUAGAUCGAAAGUAUCUAAAGCCAUUGCUGCUCCAGAAGCCGCAAGAGCAACUGUACCAGAUUUAGACAGCGUCGCCGAAGAUUUUGUUAAAAGGAUGGAAAACAUUGUAGAUGGCAAUCGCGAGCUUCCUGAGCAGUUCCUCACAGAGAUUUACAAAUGGGCACUUGAGUCGGUUGGAGCGUGGGCCCUAGGAACUAGACUCGGCUGCCUAAGCGACGACGACGCCGAAGCUAAAGAGAUCAUCAGAUGCAUACACGGCUUCUUCCACAGCGUGCCAACCCUGGAACUAUCAGCUCCCAUGUGGCGUUUAUACUCAACGGAAGCGUACAAAAUCUACGUCAAAGCACUGGACGCCUUCAGAUCACUCUGUUUGAGAAGAUUGACUGAUAAAGGCAUAUGUGCUUCUAUUUCUAAGCAAUCAGGAGAAAAAGUGGCUGCAAUUUUGGCUUUAGAUUUGAUGUUGGUGGGUGUAGAUACGACGGCAGCGGCGGCCGCAAGUACAAUGUACCUGUUGGCGAACAAUGAGCGAGCGCAGGACAAGUUGCAGCGCGAACUGGAUAGCAAUCUCCCUUUACAUAGAACUCUCACAAGCAAAGACUUGGACAAGCUACCGUAUCUUCGUGCCUGCAUAAAGGAGUCUUUGAGAAUAAAGCCUGUGAUAUUAGGCAACGGUCGCUGCAUCCAAUCGGACACAGUCAUAUCAGGUUACGAGGUUCCCAAAGGGUCUCACGUAGUGUUUCCCCACUACAUACUGUCAAACGAGGAGCGAUAUUUCCCAUCGCCUGAGGCGUACGUACCAGAACGUUGGUUACGUGACGAGAACGCUGUUAAAGAAGAAGGAUGUCCUAUGAAUCGUAUUGGAGACUCAACAGAACAUGCCACUGGUUGUAACGAUCACAAGCGGGCGUUGGCCGUGUGGCGCAAACAGAAGGAAGUGGGGAUCCACCCGUUUGCAUCGCUUCCUUUCGGCUUCGGUCGGCGAAUGUGUAUCGGGAAAAGAUUUGCAGAAGCCGAGCUACAGCUUUUGUUAGCGAAGACAUUCCAACGCUACAAUGUGUCAUGGCGCUACGGUGAGCUAACUUACAGCGUGACUCCGACCUACGUCCCUAACGAACCCUUAAGAUUCACCAUUCAGCCAAGGAAUAAUUAAUAAUGUUAAUGAAUGUACCCACUAUUUUGACUAAAAGCGCUGGCCAAAGAAAAUUAACGUAUUUGUCCAUUUUUAAUUGUAAGUAGAUAAUUUAAUAACAUUACAAAAAUGUUAUCGUGAGACUAAAUAUGUCAACUCUAAUACUUCGACAUUGUUAUGUAAAUAACCUUUAAACCCGUAUUUAACAUUUGCAUUGACAUGCAUGCUAGUGUCCUAGCGUUAAGGUUAUUAUUUUCAAAUUAGUGUUGUAUAAAGA